GGUCGGUGGCGUUGGGGGCUGAACAAGCUACCCCCAUCCUCCCAUCUUCUUAUUGGUUUCUUCAGCUGUCAACAAAGAAAAAGAAGCAAACCAGUGCCACCCUACAAGUUUGUCUGUACCAGCAGAGACCCACCCCUCUGCAAUCCCUAUUGGAGGGACAGCCUCUGAGUUGGGUAUUAACAAACACUAGGAUAGGUUACCCAGGGAUACGGAAGCUGAUGUGUUUCCCCCCCCUUGCUCCAGCUCAACCAGGAAGUAAAGUUUCUAUUUUUCUCUGGGCUCAGAAGUUUAAUACCAGGCAAAGCAGAGGGGAAGGGGGGGUGGACGAGGCCUCCCAGAAGAGGAGAUCAGAGUCACAGCUUACCAUCCUUUCUGGAACCGGUGCACCCAUCAAUACUUCCUUUGGUCACCCUUGCUAGCUCCUAGUUGUGGGCGAGGAUGACGACGCUCAUUCACAGAGGGCGGCGUGCUGACGUGGGCAAGAACGCCGACAAGAGGCUGGAGGGCGAGGACGAUGACUCGAAAGACAGAAACCUGGACGAGGAGGAGUCUGGUGACUCCAAAGAUAUCCGCCUGACCCUCAUGGAGGAGGUGCUGCUCCUGGGACUGAAGGAUAAGGAGGGCUAUACGUCCUUCUGGAACGACUGCAUCUCCUCGGGCCUGCGUGGCGGUAUUCUCAUCGAGCUGGCCCUGCGCGGACGCAUCCAGCUGGAGCCGCUCACCAUGAGGAAGAAGAGGCUGCUGGACAGAAAGGUGCUCUUAAAGUCAGACACCCCGACCGGCGACGUCCUACUAGACGAGACCCUCAAGCACAUCAAAGCCACGGAGCCUGCAGAGACAGUCCAGUCGUGGAUAGAGCUGCUCACAGGCGAGACCUGGAACCCCUUCAAGCUGCAGUACCAGCUGCGCAACGUGCGGGAGCGCAUCGCCAAGAACCUGGUGGAGAAGGGCAUCUUGACCACGGAGAAGCAGAACUUCCUGCUCUUCGACAUGACUACCCACCCGGUCACCAACACCACCGAGAAGCAGCGCCUGCUCAAGAAGCUGCAGGAGAGCGUCCUGGACCGGUGGGUGAACGACCCGCACCGCAUGGACAGGAGGACCUUGGCCUUGCUGGUGCUGGCCCACUCCUCGGACGUACUGGAGAACGUUUUCACCCCGCUGGCGGACGACAAGUACGACACGGCCAUGAACAGGUCAAAGGACCUCUUGGACUUGGACCCCGACGUAGAGGCCACCAAAGCCAGUGCCACGGAGAUGAUCUGGGCUGUCCUGGCGGCCUUUAACAAAGCCUAAAUCCAGACCGCCUUGCCCGUUGGACGUAGCACGGGACCUUUGGGUGGGGAGCUGCCCUGGGCCGGGCCAGCGCAAACUCUGUUCUACAUGGCACCUGGGUUUGACUGAUGUCCACCCCUGCCCCAACCUACCUCUCUUGGUUGGGGAUUGUUGCGCUGGUAGAGCGAGCGACUGUAUGUUGUGUGUCCUCUUCUUGUAAACACUCGGCUAAAUGAAGGUCUUUGUCUCCGGUGGGGAGGGGGUUGGCUUGCGGCUCAGUCGUCUCUCUUGUUUCACGUCACCUUUUGGUGAACGGAGACGUAGAAUUGCCGUCGGGAUGUAUUCUGCUCUUCUUUACUCUCCAUUGAUUUUUAUGUGGGGGGAGGGGUUAGCUUGCGUUGACGGGGCCUGCUCCAUUCCUGCACCUGGGGGACUGACGAACGGGGUGGCUUGAAGCCAUCUUUGCGCUCCCCGUGUUCUGAGGCUUCCCUGGCCCCCCCACAGUGUAAGUUAGAGCAGUCUGGAGGCUGCUCUACAUUAUGCUCUGCUCCCCCUGGUGACCAGUGGGCCCUAGGAAGCGGAGAAUAGCUGUUACGCAGGGUACUCUGGACAUGCUCCUGGUCUCCAGCGUAGGGGGCAAGGAUAUUGCAGAGCCCUGAGGUCGGCUCCACUGUAGCAGGGUGGGGGUGUUCCCCAUUGUCGGGCCCACCUGUGCUGUCCGAGCACUGCGAGAGGGCCUGGGUGUCACCGAGAAUCAGGCUGGUCUGGCACUCGCGCUGGUCUAAUUCCGCUGACUGCAGGGGUGCAGCUCCUGGCACGUGCCGGAGUCCGAGAGGUCGGUAUCACGGCCUCUGAAAUCACGGGGAUGUACCUGCCCCUUUAGCAGCGUGGCUAACUUCUUCACAACCUUUCCCGUUCAAUUUCUGCUGGGACAGGGAGGGCCCGAUUCACGGCCACGUGACUCCUGGCAGAACUCCACUGAGAUCGGUACAGUCACCCUGCGGCAAAGCUUGUGGUGAAUGGGGCAACUGGCUACCAACCUGCUGUGACCUUUCAGUGCAAUGUGGGAGGGAGAGUGUUUGACUGGCUGAGCCAUGUUGGAAAAGGCACAGAAAUGAUCUGUGCACAGAGCCCAAUUCUCGCCGCCCUGCGUCCUGCAUGGUCUUUCUGCACCAGUGCAAAGUGAGCGUGCGGGUUACUUUCGUGCUGCACUGGUGCACACGGCAGAGCAGUGGAGAAGUGGGCCAAUAGGCUGCUUGAGCUGUUUAAAGGAGCCCACUCCUGCAGCUCUCCCUCGUGUGAAUAGCCGCCCGUGGGGGAUCUGCACUUGUGAGCGAAGACGACCAGGACUGAGCAUUCAGCUCAGGCUUUCAGAGACCGCCCUGUGGAAGGGAGCCUGUACUGCUGGUAAAGCUGCUUACGGAAAAUCAAAACAAAACUCAUUUUCCAUGGAAUUUUUUUUUUUUAACUUUUCAGCAAAAGAAUCAAAAAAUUAAAAUAUAUGGUGCCUCAUGGGAGUUGUAGUUUGGUCCCCUCAUGUGCCCUUCUACAGGCUCCCUAGUUGGACUACAUCUCCCAUGAUGCACCGUGGUUUCAUCUCUUGGUGAGGGGACGUUGUGUGUGAUGAGAAGCGCUAUGGCCAAUUGGCUAUGGUGCACGGUUGGAAAAUUUUCAGCCGGCCUUAACAAUGAGUGGGAUUGACUCAGUCUUUGCAGUGGAUCCGGAAAAGGCACAAAACGCCGCUGGUCUAAAAGCGGGAGGUUUUUGGUUUUUUUUAAGAACCUAAGUAGCUUUUAAUGGCCUUGCAUGAAUUCUAGGUGGCCGUGUGAAGCCUCUGUGCCCAAGAGAAGGAUAUACAUUUUCCCUGCAGAGAGGUGGAUUUUAGAAAUCUAGACUGGAGCUUUCAAAGUCAUCCAAGGCACUGUGAAUUUCAAUGGGAAUUGGGUGCCGGACUCCUUCGAACAUCCCCAGAGCUAAUAAAUAAUUGCAGUAGGAUUUCUAGGCAUCAGUGUUCUGCUUAGCCUGUAUCUUACUUUCCCAUCAUCCUAUGGUGCCAUCCCCUGCUGUUGCAUCUGUGUUUACUCUUGUAACUGAGUUUCCAGUGACAUCUGUGAGUUUUCAGAGCUUGUUGGUGUCCGGAGUGGGAUGCCACUGGCGAGUCGAAAAGACACUCAUUCAGGAAUCAGCCUCUUACGCGGAUGGGGUUCUCUGCUAAUGGAGUGGACGCUAUCCUACCAGCCCAUUGCAUGCUGCACCAAGCCAGAAUGUCCCCAGCUAAGCCAGGCUUUUGAGGUGAACAGCACAGGGGGGAGAGGGGAGGAGAACUGCACCUGACCUACGUGCAUGACGUAACACUAAUUGGAACCUGUGGUCCAUUGUGGGGAUACGUGGCGGUGGCACAGUGUGAAGCUGACUUGUAUGAGACUCCAGGACUUGGUUUGCUCUCCAUUGGUGUCAAUGGGUCAGAUUCUCAGCUGGGGCAAAUCAGCAUAGCCUAACUCCACUGACAUCAGCAGUGGUUGAUGCCAGCUAAGAAUCUGGCCCCUUGGAUUUACACAGGCAUAACCGAAAGCAGAGCCUGUGCUGCUGGGGGGAUGAAGUUUGCAUCCAAGCGUGUGAUGACUCGAACUUUGGCCUCAGAAGGGCAAAGAGUGUUUCUGCAUUGGUGGGCUAUCGGCGUUCCAUCCCACAAGGAGAUUCUGCAGGGCGAAUUCACUAGAGGGAAGUUGGAAUGGGGAAAGCACAGACAGGAUCAGGUAUCUUGAGCUUGCUGUUCAGACGUGGACUGGGGAGAGGAGGGCACGGGUCAUGAUUUUGGGUUACACUAGCAGUGUGGUCUAGUGGUUAGAUUAGAGAGCGGGACCGGGGAGUUCAGAUGCCUAGGUUCUAACCCUGUCUCUGCGACUUUGGUAAGUUGCUACGUAACCUCCAUGGAUUCAGUUUUCUUGAGUAGGAGCAGAGAGGUUAUUUUACUUCUGCAUUUGGCACUGGUGCAACGGCCGCUGGACUGUGGAGUCUAGUUCUGAUGGGCACAGUUCAAGAAGGAAGUGGAUGAAUUCGAAAGGGUUCAGAGAAGAGCCACGAGAAUGAUUAAAGGAUUAGAAAACCUGCCUCAUCGUGACAGACUCCAGAGCUCAGUCUAGUCAGCAAAGAGGAAGGUAAGCGGUGACUUGAUUACACUUCCUCAGCAGCUACAUAGGGAACAAAUAUUUAACAAUGGGCUCUUCCCGCCGUUAGAUUGUGUUCAAGGGAGGUUGAAGCCACACAAAUUCUGACUGGCAAUAAGGUGGGAGGAAUGAGCCAUCGGAACAAUUUUCUGAGGAUUGGGGCGGAUUCUCCAUUGCUGACCAUUUUUUUUUUUUAAAUCAAAGUUGGAUGUUUUUUUUUCAAGGGCUCUGCUCCAGGAAUGACUUUGGGGCAGUUCUCUGACCUGUGUUGUACAGGAGGUCAGACUAGAUGAUCAUAGUGGUUCCUUGUGUCCUUAGAAUCUGUGACGCUCCCCUCUAAUAUAGGGAUGAUGAUAUUCACUGUACCAACCCUGUCGGGGAGCUGUGAAGCUGCAUCUGUUGUCAGUGAAGUGCUUUGCUAUUGUAAUAUCACGCCCCUGGGUGGAUUGGCAGCAGUGGGAAUGGAACCUCUGUGUCUAAAACCAGGAGCCUCGUACCCAGAGCUAGACACCCCUGUCCUAUUAGCCAGCGGUGUAGCAGGCUCGUCAACUCUGUAUGUGGCCUGUCCACCAUUAGCAGGGAAGAGAGAACGCUACGCUGGGUGGGUGUGGCUUAUGCUGUCUUGGACGGAAGGUUCUGUAGAAUGGCUGCCUGUAAUUGUCCUCUUAAGGUGCUAAUUAUAUCCCUGAUUGACCACAGCUCACUAUAUAGAGAGCAGGGGUCCCCAACGCGGUGCCCGCGGGCGCCAUGGUGCCCACCGGGGCGUCUAAGUGCACCCGCGUACUGGCCGGCGGACGAGUGUCCGCCGAAAUGCCACCAACAAGCUGUGUCAUCCAGAGGCGUCGCCACGGAAAUGCCCCCGAUUUUUGGCAGUAUUUCAGCGGCGUCACCUCUGGAUGACGCAGCUUGUCGGCGGCAUUUCGGUGGCGACGUCUACUGACGUUGCCGCUUGUCGGUGGAAUUUCGGCGGAUGCUCAUCCGCUGCCACGGUCCUCCGUGGAUCGCCAGGCGAAAAAGGUUGGGGACCACUGAUUCAGAGGAUAGAUUCAGGUCUGUGCUCCCAUCCCCUGGGCUCGGUCGUAGACCUGCAGAGCACAUGCAUAAUCCACAUGUAUAUAUUUUUGUUUCUCCUUUUGAAAUAGCCUCCUAAACUCUGCUUAGAAUUUUACCCCCAGGUGUUUUUCCGUGCAGCCACACCUCUAUGAACCUGAGCAUCUUCCUCUGGGUUUAUAGUGACCCCUGGGGAUCCGGGUGUAAUUCCUUAGGAUAACUGCACACCAACCAGGGGAUGUGCCCCUGCAGUUAAAGGUGAUCUGCAAAGUUGGAGGGAGUUGGGAUUGUGUCCUUUUUGGCUGUUUAGUGAUGGAUGAAGAAAGCCUGAAUGCAUCCUAUUAAAAUGAUCCUUCCUUUAAAAGUU